AUGUUCUUGAUUGAAGGCCAAGGCAAAGCCAUCCUCUACACGGGUGACAUUCGUGCAGAACCGUGGUUUCUCAAUGCACUUGCCCGGAAUCCAGGCAUCCUGGAGUAUACAUGCGGUUUCAAGACCCUCGACAAGAUAUACCUCGACACUUCAUUCCUCGCAGAUAUUCCAUUCCAAACAAAAUCUGAAGGCAUAGCUGAUCUUCUGGCAAAAGUUCAAAGGUACCCGGAAGACACCGUCUUCCACUUCCAAGCAUGGACCUUUGGCUAUGAGGAUGUGUGGAUUGCCCUAUCUAAAGCAUUAAACUCUCGUAUUCAUGUCGACGACUAUAAGCUGCGAAUAUUUAAUUCCCUCAAGAGUCGUUCCUCUAAUCAACCCUUUUCUCCAGAAUUUCACCUCGCAGCAGGUGCUGCGGUUUUGACAGGCCACAUGUGCGGAAAUACCCAGCAUUUAGGUUGCCUCACCUCGGAUACCAGUGUCCGAAUACAUAGCUGUGAGAAGGCGAAUAUGUGUUCUGUCGCCAAACACCCCUCAGUCGUUUCGAUUCGACCAGUAGUCUGUCGACUCCCAGGGGGUGAGAGCAUGAUGGAGAAGGGUGUUGGAGGCGGGGGAACUGAUCUGUCUCGGGAAGCUGAAUUCGACUGCAUUACUCACGAAGACGUUUAUGCAUUAUUAGAGUCACUGCCAGCUUGGAAUCAGGUCGAUUCUGAAACAAGGAAAGACAUAAGGGCUAUGUUGGCAAGCAUGUCUUCAAGCGGCCGGGAUUUCGCAUUGAACAUGUCCAUUGAAGAAUUUAGCGAAAAUCUCACUGCGGACAUGAGCUCUCUGAUACAGUCUCUUGCCAACAGAUUGUCCAGCAAGACUGGCGUGGCGAAAACGCCUGUUAAUGAACGAUCUGAUAGUCUCCCCAGGGUUAUCCUGUUUCCCUUUGCGAGGCACUCUCCCUAUGGAGAACUGUGUGAACUAGUCAAGGUGUUCAGUCCAAAGGAUAUUUGGCCAUGCACGGUAGACAAGCAAUGGAUAGAGAAAACAGUAACCGUGGAGUCUCUGUUUGGUAAAUAUUGCUCGAAGCAAAUAUUUGAACACGACAAGCAAAUGGCGCCGUUGAUUGCCCAGGAACACGAGAAAAGAUCUCGUGAACUAAGGACACCAAUGGUUGAUAGCCAGUGCGAUACCAGUUUCGAAGUCACUCCACAAAGCAAACGCAUACAAGAACAGGCAGUCCUCAGCCGACCACAGCUGCCGAAUGCCUUGGUAGAAGGUGCGCAGGCACAAACUUGCCAUCCGGCACAUGCUUCAUCAUCUGAGGAGCCUAGUUCAGUAAAUUCCAUAUAUUCAAACCUUCACUCGAAGGCACGUACAGGUGAGGAUCAUGUUUCGCCAUCACAACAUGAGGCAGAGCGCGGCGAGAAGUCCAGCACAGCGGCACGAAAACGACCAUAUCAAGAGCUGGACGAUCCCAGCGAAUGCAGCCAGGACAGCGCCAGGACAGACUCACAAAUGGCAGGCAUAGCUAUCGACUCUGUUUCAUCCCUAGGCGGCUCUGCUCUACGACGAGAUGCGUAUAAGGCCAUGUUAAGCAAUACAAAUGAAGGCGGUGCUUGGGUACCGAUCUCUCUUCUCUCCACGGACGCUAAUCACCACGAAGAAGAGGUAGAGCUAUAA